UGUCUCUCUCUCUCUGUGCGUGUGUCUUUUACCCAUCAUCAGCCACGGACCGAUUCCUGCAUCACAGUCAUCACGCAAGGCGGCCGCGAAGGAGCGAAACGAAGCGGAUGCGAUGAUGCGAAAGUGGGAUCCCCUAAUUCCCCAUCCGCAUCACCAGCAUGUAAGGUACAUCACUCCCCCCCAAACCAAACCCCUGCUUCACGCGCUCGCAUCGCUCCGCGGGGGAAGAGGAAGAGGGAGAUGACGGCUGGCUGCUCUGUCACUCUGGCAGGCCUGGCCUGA